AUGGCAGCUAUUGCUACAGUUAUUAUGCUCAUAACUAUGUCCCUGGCUUCUCUUGUGAGUGCACUAAAUGUAAAUUACUAUGAAAAUACGUGCCCCCAUAAUGUAGAUUCCAUUGUAGCUGCUGCUGUUCACAAAGCAACCAUGAAUGACAGAACUGUCCCAGCUGCUCUCCUUCGGAUGCAUUUUCAUGAUUGCUUCAUAAGGGGUUGUGAUGCCUCUGUACUUCUGGAAUCAAAAGGUAAGAAUAAAGCAGAAAAGGAUGGACCUCCUAACAUUUCUUUGCAUGCAUUCUAUGUCAUUGACAAUGCUAAGAAAGCAGUGGAAGCCGUUUUCCCCGGGAUCGUAUCUUGUGCUGAUAUUUUGGCUCUUGCUGCUAGGGAUGCUGUUGCCCUUUCCGGAGGACCCACUUGGGAUGUGACAAAAGGAAGAAAGGAUGGAAGAAUAUCAAAGGCCACUGAAACCAGACAACUGCCGGCUCCCACCUUCAACAUCUCCCAAUUACAACAAAGCUUCUUCCAAAGAGGCCUUUCCUUGGAAGAUCUUGUGGCCCUCUCAGGUACUAUUGAAAAUUUUAAAUUACGAAUUCAAUUGCAAAAGAUCUAAUAAUGAAAAUGAACAUGUUAAGUUCUGCAUUUACAGCCACUUAUCAUGAUUUCAUAUAUAUUUGCUUAAUCAAUUCCUAACAUCCUAUUUCUUAAACAGAAAUGAAGUUUCCAUUAG